AUGUGUUAUCACAUGUACAUACAACCGAAACUAACGUGCAAGAAAUUGUGGACCGAUUACUACAAUUUUGGCUCAUUGACCGAUGACCUGUAUGGUCGUUCAACAGAUUCACAACGUCAGUUAAGCCAUGCUCGGUUUUUAGCACGCAAGAACGGUCAGAAUUUUCCCUGUCUUAAGUGCGGUAAAUGGUAUUCGACGCGAAGUAUCAUGCUACGCCAUAUGAAUCAUGAAUGCGGCGUGGAGAAAAAAAUCCAGUGCAAAUUUUGCUAUAAAAAAUUUCGCCGCAAAUGGAAUUUGGAGCAGCAUAUCAAGCGAUUGCAUCUCAGUGAAAAAAGGAAACACCAACAGCAACAGCGUGAGCUGCUACAACAACAACGUGAACAGCGCGAACAGCGCGAACAACACCGCGAACAACAGCGCGAGCAACAAUCACAACAACAGCCAGUGAUCAAUAGAAAUUAA